AGCGGAUCGGGAAGCGGAGGAGGAGGAGGAGGAGCCAUGGCCGCCCUGGCCCAGCUGCCGCGCAGGCUGGGAGACGACCCUGGCCGGCUGCUGCUGCUGCUGGGCCUGAUCCUGGCUCGGCCGGCCUCCGGAGCGCUGGAGGAAGAGAUCGUGUCGGAGGCGGCGGCUGAAGCCAGCCACCGGCAGGACAGCGCUAACCUGCUGAUCUUCAUCCUCCUCCUCACCCUCACCAUCCUCACCAUUUGGCUCUUUAAGCACCGCCGGGCGCGAUUCCUCCACGAGACCGGCUUGGCCAUGAUCUACGGUGUCCUGGCCGGUGCCGUCCUUCGCUACGGCAUCCACAUCCCCAGCGAUAUCAACAACGUGACCUUAAGCUGCCCAGUGCAAACCAGUCCGGCGACUCUGUUGGUCAACCUCAGCGGGAAGUUCUACGAAUAUACCCUGAAAGGGGAAAUCAGUUCGCACGAGCCUAAUAAUGUCCAGGACAACGAGAUGCUCAGAAAGGUGACAUUCGAUCCAGAAGUAUUCUUCAACAUUUUGCUCCCUCCAAUUAUAUUUUAUGCAGGAUACAGCCUGAAAAGGCGGCAUUUCUUUCGAAACCUGGGAUCGAUCCUGGCUUAUGCUUUCCUCGGAACGGCCAUUUCCUGCUUGGUGAUAGGGUCAAUCAUGUAUGGCUGUGUUGCUCUGAUGAAGGCGAUGGGACAACUCGGAGGAGAUUUCUACUUUACCGACUGCCUCUUGUUCGGCGCCAUUGCCUCCGCUACGGAUCCAGUGACGGUACUUGCCAUUUUCCACGAGCUUCAGGUGGAUGUCGAACUGUACGCCCUUCUGUUUGGCGAAAGUGUCCUCAAUGAUGCAGUUGCCAUCGUCCUGUCUUCCUCGAUCGUCGCCUACCAACCAGCAGGAGACAACAGCCACACUUUUGAUUUGACAGCGAUGUUCAAGUCCAUUGGGAUUUUCCUGGGGAUCUUCAGCGGAUCGUUCGCCAUGGGAGCGGCUACCGGAGUGGUGACGGCGUUGGUCACCAAAUUCACCAAACUCCGCGAGUUCCAGCUGCUCGAAACAGGCCUGUUUUUCCUGAUGUCUUGGAGUACCUUUCUCUUGGCCGAAGCUUGUGGGUUUACAGGUGUUGUAGCUGUGCUGUUUUGCGGCAUCACUCAGGCGCAUUAUACUUAUAACAACUUGUCCGCUGAGUCCCAGGACAGAACUAAACAGUUGUUUGAGCUCCUCAAUUUCUUGGCUGAAAACUUCAUCUUCUCCUACAUGGGCCUUACGCUGUUCACCUUCCAGAAUCAUGUGUUCAAUCCGACGUUUGUCGUGGGAGCUUUCCUGGCUGUAUUCCUAGGGAGAGCUGCAAACAUCUACCCUCUCUCUUUCCUGCUGAAUUUGGGGAGAAGAAACAAGAUCGGGACAAACUUCCAACACAUGAUGAUGUUUGCUGGCCUCCGUGGAGCCAUGGCUUUUGCGCUGGCCAUUCGGGACACAGCCACCUACGCACGGCAGAUGAUGUUUAGCACAACGCUUCUCAUCGUCUUCUUCACCGUCUGGGUCUUCGGCGGUGGCACAACUCCUAUGCUGUCGUGCCUUCAUAUCAGGGUUGGUGUGGACGCUGAUCAAGAGAACAUGGGAGUGCCGGAAAAUGAAAGGAGAAAUACGAAAGCAGAGAGUGCUUGGCUAUUCCGGCUGUGGUACAACUUUGACCAUAAUUACCUGAAGCCCCUCCUGACACACAGUGGUCCUCCUCUAACAGCGACGCUCCCAGGCUGCUGCGGACCCAUUGCCAGGUGCCUGACCAGCCCCCAGGCUUAUGAGAAUCAAGAGCAGCUGAAAGACGACGAUUCGGACCUGAUUCUGAACGACGGAGACAUCAGUUUGACUUACGGGGAUUCGACCAUGAACACCGAUUCUUUGACAUCCGGCACAUCUCGACGGGGGGCGGGAAACGGCUCCGAGGACCCGCUGGACCAGGAGCUCGGCUUUGGGGACCACGAACUUGGCAUCAGGGGCACACGUCUCGUCCUCCCCAUGGAUGAUUCGGAGCCCCCCUCCAAUGUAGUCGACAAUGCCCGACAUGGCCCGGCAUGAGAUCGGCUGGUAACAAGGCGAUCAAUAAUAAUAAUUUAAAAAUCCACGUACGAUCAGGAAGAAAAAUGUACCUACGACAACAAAAAACUACUGCAUGUCUCAGAAUGUCGAAGCUGUAUAAAUAUUACUUAUUUAUAUGGUGUUAGGAAAAUAUAACUACUCAUAGGAGACAAGUUGCGAAGAGCAACGUCUUAAGUUUCACAAGUUAAACACUGUGUCGCAGUGGAGCUGUUUUAGAACAAAUUUCCGUCUUGGGGGUGGGGACUGCAGCCGAGAUCUUCCCUCCCAACUUUGUGUCUUUUGCAAUUCCCCAUCGCUUACCCGAGAGUAGGAAGGAGGGGUAGCGGCGGCGGCGGCGGCAUCUCGAGUCGCGUUUUGCUGUGUCCGUUUCGCGUGGCGAGGAGGUGGUUUUGGCAGCUCUGGAGACUUGACAUUUCCUCUCUGUAGCACUGCUCUAGGAUCUGUUAGCACUGAUUAAAACAACCCCCGUGUCGCAAAUUAAAGUCAAAAUGCCGAGAAAAGGAGGCAACACGUCAACCCGUUCUUGGGCAAAAUAGAACUCUUUUAAUUAACCAUCUGUAGUUACUUUAAAGUUUCAUUAGCCUUGGUUGACUAGGUGGUGUUAUUGUAUAUUAAGCUCUUUAUUCCUUGCGCCUUGCGUAUGAGUAUGAAUUAUUAUUAUUUUAAAAUUAUUAUUAUUAUUAUUAUUAUUAUUAUUAUUAUUAUUAUUAUUACCCCUGUUCCGCAGAGUACACGCAAGUCCUAGGCAUGUUGCGUUUUUGUUCUAUUGUUGCAUAUUCCUGUAUUUUUGCAUUGUGGAAAUAAUAUGGACUGUAUCCAUUCGUGUCCAUGUCGGCUAUUGACCUGAGUAUAAUGUAUGAUUUAAUAGCAUGCAUUUCAUGAUUAUUGACUUGUAUUUAUUUGAUUUAUUUUACUUAUAAAACGGAAGCAUGAACCGAAACAGGUGAUUACCCUGGAUCACUGUCUGGUUUAUGGUUAACUACAGAUUAAAACGGGACCCAGGUGGCACUGUGGUUAAACCACUGAGCCUAGGGCAGGCAUCCCCAAACUGUGGCCCUCCAGAUGUUUUGGCCUACAACUCCCAUGAUCCCUAGCUAACAGGACCAGUGGUCAGGGAUGAUGGGAACUGUAGUUCAAAACAUCUGGAGGGCCAAAGUUUGGGGAUGCCUGGCCUAGGGCUUGCUGACCAGAAGGUCGGCGGUUCGAAUCCCCAUGACGGGGUGAGUUCCCGUUGCUCGGUCCCA